AUACGGCGUCGUAAGCAACUCAUCCUCACUCAUAAAUGUUUCUGUACUAUUAUUGAUUUCAAUUUUCCUUCAAACCCUAAUUAUUCUUCAGUUUUAUUUUCAUCCAUCGAAGAACAGCAAAUUCGUUCUUCGUUGUCUCGUGUUCGUCCGGAUUAAGUUGAAAUGGCUGGAAGAAAUCGCAUUCCUCGUGAAACCUUUGACCACCGGCGUGGUUAUCCCCCUGAGAGGCCUGCCCCUCGAGGUUCUUUGGUUCGUCACAUGCCACCUCAUCCUGCUCUGUUGGAGGAAGAACUUGAAAUUCGACAUGUUGAACUUCGCAGACUUCUAGGGGAAAACCAUAGACUAUUGGGGGAUCGAGUUGCUUUGGAGCGAGAGCUAACUGCUGCACACGAAGAGUUACGUCGCUUGAAUAUUGCCAUUGCUGAUAUUCGCGCUGAACAAGAACUCCAAUCUCGGGAACUUAUCGAAAGGGGUCGUAAGCUGGAGUCUGACCUUCGUGCAACAGAGCCUCUUAAAACCGAGGCUGCACAGCUUCGAACUGAAACUCAAAGGCUGAAUACCAUGAGACAAGAUCUAUCUAGGCAGGUCAAAGCCCUCACUGGAGACCUGGCAAAGCUGCAGGCUGAGAACCAGCACAUUCCUGUUUUAAGGGCUGAGAUUGAUGGACUGCAUCAGGAACUGUUGCGUGCUAGAAACGCCAUUGAUUAUGAAAAGAGGGCAAAGAUUGAGCUGAUGGAACAGAGACAGGCAAUGGAGAAGAACAUGGUGACGAUGGCUCGUGAAGUUGAAAAGCUCCGUUCUGAGCUUGCGAAUUCUAGGCCGUGGAGCUCAGAUUGGGAGUUCCUGCUUAUACGAAAAUCUUCCAGAAAGGUAAGUGAUCAGUUUCGCCGGUGGGUUUUUUCUUUCUUUCUUUUCUUCGAUUUGAAAUUAACUACACACAUCACUGAUUUAAAAAUCGACAUGCGUCAUAACUCAUAACAUAUUCUACUUAACAUAACAUAUUCACAUAUUCUAGAUAUAUAUAGGGUCAUAUUCACUUAUAAUUGACACCUGAAAACAAUGAGGCAUGUCAUUUACAAGAGUUCGAACUUAACGUAAUGAUAUAUGAAACGAGGAACCCUAAGUGUUUACUAUUUAGAGCAACAUCUAAUUGGUAAUUUGAUUAUGAUUUUCGUGUUCAUUUCACGUUCUCGUUUAUGAAUUUGUCUAUUGCAAGUUAUAUAUGUUCUUUCUUAAUUAUAUUAUUGAGUGAUGUCUCUUUGAAGCCGUGUUGUUCUCCGGCAGUUCCGCAUAAUGCUGUUUGUUCUAUGAUUUAUCUUUUCGAAAUAUUGUGUGUAGAUGAUAUUCUUUUUAUAUAUAAAUAGAAGAUAAUAACUUUGUGAUAAUUUUUAAAUAUUUCUGUUAUACUACUU